AGCUCAUGACAUGUCUCACAAGGCAGCCAAGGCAGUCAACUCACUGCUGAAGCCAUAUAUACGGCGGAUACUAUUGAAGACGCAUCCCGAUUUCUUUACCCACGAUGUCAAAAAGAAGAAGAUAAAUCAGGCAUCUUUUCAAACGCUUCAGAAUGUCCUGGCUCCAAUACUGCAGGAACGAUUCAGGGAUUCUGAAAAUAACAAACCCGACCGUGCUGUGAAGUUGGAAUUUUACUUGAAGAAUAGCAAAGUGAAUAGUAAACUUUCGAGAAUUGAACAUACACUACCUAUCUCUUCACCGAAGUCCGCACUAGACUUGUGGACAACCACAACAUCAAUACUGGAUCUUUGUCGCAAGAUUGGCAUACAGGUUAUGCCUUCCGAUAUUGACGCGGCCGAGCAGAUGAUCAGUAGCCUGUCAAAGCAACAUUCUAGUCCGUCGUAUGCUCGGAAACCAGCGCCUAGCCUCUCGCAAAUAUUUGCCAACGAGUUAUAUCAGUCACCAUUAGCUCAAAAUGUCACGGACGUUAGCAAUAGGCUUCCAAAGCUACAGCUGGACAAAAAUGAGUUAUUGUUUUUUCAGCCACAUAUGAAUUCCAAGAUUAAAGAGUCCAUGAAAUCCAACCUUCAGCAAGCGCUUCCAAUGCUUUGUCCGGAACGAUGGUGGCAAAAAGUCCCGUUAUUAUGCGUGGAGGAUGAACAGGUUAUCAAUGGCAUAGAUGUAUCAGGAAUAUUAGUAUUCACUGCCAAUAUGUCAACCAAAGACAUGCAGAAUUGCAUUGAAGAGAAUUUAGACCUCAAACUGAAAGAGUAUCAGGAGCACUUGGGUGCCCAGAGUACGCCAAAACGGUAA